AUGUCAGUGAGAGCAAGCAAUGCUCUGAGAGGCCCCCGAGCACUCUUCAGACCCGCGAGCUAUGCGCGUUACAGGAACAUGAUAAAAGAAGAGCCGGAGCAGACGCAGAUGCAGAAGCCAAAGGGAAAGCGAACCACAAGGCCCUGGCCAAGUGGUCUGCAGGUGCCAGGAGCCAGAUCAGCACGUCCGAUUCCCGCAGACCCCAGUGCCAAGUAUACCAUUAUAAAAAUCCCGAAUACCUCCAUAGCCUUUUCAAGCUGGCCGACGCUCAACAAGUUCAAACCAGCGCUGCAACCACGAGCAAAGGGAACUAUACCUCCUGGCGCAGUAGCUGGUGUUCAGGCAACAGUCGACACCGAUAUGGAGAUGGCCAUUCUCCCUUAUCUGUAUAACGAUCUCGGCGUGCUGAUCUUUGAAGGCCCACAGUGGGAGCAGGUUAGGAUUAUGGCAAAUAUCCUUCAGAGCGUCGAAUGUGAAGAGUGUAGACUGCCAAAAAGAGAUUGGACUACGGGCAACGCAUCAUUCGAAGUGAAAUAUGACAAGUGGAACGUGUAUCGUAUAAAGUUAAAUGCAAGAAAACACACUGAGAUCACUUUUCAGAAGAACCGCGGAAAGAAACGCAGCAUAAAACCCAAUGGACUGUAUGACCUUACCAAUAUUGCACUUGAGAAAUGGAAAGCGGAUGGGAUAGGAGGACCUGUGCCUGUUGAGCCUGUGCCUGGCUCUAUCAAUAUGUACAUUGUGAACCACAUUGGCGGCCCAGGGCUAGCGAAUGAUACCAUCAAUGGAUCGUUUCUACCACAACUGCAUGUCUACGUCGCGACCGGGAUUCGGGACAACACAAUUUACAUGAGCAUCGAGUUCCAUACCGUUGGCACAAGACGCUUAGUCGGCGUCACAAACCUCAAACUUAGCCCGACCUUCAAAAUGCCAUCAACCAAAGACAUGGCCGAGAAACCCCCUCAAGAAGGGGUUGAUAAAACCACCAACUUCGACCAAAAGUUCGCCUCCCUCGAGGAGAAGAUGAAGGCCAGUAGGAAAGGAGAUACUCAUUCCUUAAAGCAAGCAUCUCAGCCUCCACCAACGCAUGCCAGCGGCAUAGAAACUCCGAGGGAGCUUUACGAAAAGCUUGUACCAAGUAAUACAAACCGAAACAGCGAGAUAUAUAGACGAGCAAUGUUCAAGGUAUACAAGCUGGAGCAUAAACUCUGGGCGCAGAGGAAGAGGGCUCUUGGGAAGGAAAAAAAGGAUCAGCGAAGGACUAAAAGCUUUACCAGGAAACACAAGAGAAGGUUGGCAGCCGUGGCUCAAAUAGAAGAAAAGUAUAUAGAUGCUGAUGGAGAGGCUUAA